AGCACAUCCUGUUGUUUUAGUCGAGUCUUCCUGCAUAAAGGUUCCUACAUGUGAUCAGUGUUCACUGAGACACACACAGAGCUCGCAGUGGACUAAAGGACCAUGUCUCCUCACGUGUCCUCACCUCGAUUAAGGCCAACAUGGAGCCCCUCUUUUUGGGUCGCCUGCAUGGUUUUGAUGUUUGGUCGGCUGCAGGCACUCAUUCCGAGUGAAGCCACUCCUCCAAAACGAUCAGAUGAACAGCGCGGUCUUGGCAACACCCCCCUCUUCCCAGGAGUCCCGACCACACCGUUAACCACAACAAGUGUCAGCAUUGACGAGAAACCACCAUCAAGCACAUGUGAAGUAUACUGCUCCAUAUGUGACGAGACUCCACUGUCAAGGGUUCAGUGCUACUCUGAAUUCCUUAAAUACUGCAGAACAAAUUUUCAGAAUGAGAUGGGGAAUGUCAACGCCACCGACUGGUGCAUGUGGGACAAAGUGAAAAGUCCCUAUAACAAUUUCUCCGUGUGUUCGGAGGAGAUUGCGGAGUGCCUGACGCUCCCGUGGCCGAACAGGCUGGUCGAGGACAUGUUUGUGGAAAUCCACUCCUCCUUUUUCCAGGAGUGUCCCACCGAGACCCUUAGGGAUCCGCCACCUAACGUCAUCUUCGCCCUCGUCAUGACCCCUAUAUGUCUUAUCCCGGCCAUGGUGGUGCUCGUCGUGCUGAAGACCAAGAACGGAGACAGGAGGUCAUAAAGCUUGGCUUCAUCCCCUGGAUUAGCUCCAUCUGCCCUUUUCCUGGAAAAAAACCUGGCACUCAUGUCUUUGGCUUUUAGACAUGAAGAUCUUUUUGUACACUAACUUGACAAAAAACCCAACAGUACAGUAGUCCUGUUUCCAUCCACAUGCUAUGGGAAUUCUGAAAUAGUGUGAAUGGAAAUGCCAAACAAUGGCCAGGAAUCCAAGAGAGUAUAACAAUUGGUCUCUGGAUUCGAAGAAAGGCCUUGUUUUUAUUAUUUCGAUUAGUGUACUACUAGCCAAUCACAGGCGUUAGGUUCAUAUAAACAGAAAUCAUGCUGACAAGAUGGCUGGCUUCACGUACAUAUUUUGUAUGUGUUAACCUUCAGACUCCUAAUUUGGUACCUGUUUCACUUAUACAGAGGAUUUUGGAUAAUGGGAUAGGAAUUGCCAGCCACGAAACUGGGAUGAAAUUGGGUAAGCAAAGGGGUAAGAUAAAUUCAUCAGCUAGCCCACCAGCCAAGUGGAAGCUCCAGUUUGCUGCCCAGACCCAUGUUUUCGUUGCCUGAAAUCCUAACUAACGAGGCUAAAAUGUGUUAGCUAACGUAAUGUAAUAACAUAUACCGAGCUAGUUAGCUAGGUAAGUGCAUUCACACAGACUACGAGAAACGAACAAGUAUAUAGCCACAGUCCUGAUCAAGUUUCUAAUGUAGCACAUCACGUUUGCCAAAAAGUCAGCAAGUCAUUGGCAAAAAUUUCAGCAGUUGUUUUCUCUCCUCACAUCGCAAGUUAAAUAUUAUUUGAGUCUGGCUAGCACCUUUAUUUUCUCUCAGUAUGUUGCAAGGUGAGUUAAUGUGCGUAUCAUGCUAGCAGAUGAGUUAUAAGACAGCUUUGUGGUGGACUUCACGUUUCUCGGUUUUGUCAGUAUUUCCACGUACCUGCAUUUCCUGAUUCUGAAAAGAUCACCUGUUAUCCGUGCACGCUAAUUAAUCCACCUAGUAACAACGUUCCACUAGCAUUAGAUCGGCCGUUGUGUGUAGUGCAGCAGGCGGCGGGAUCUGGAAGCUUGCACUCUAGUUACAGCAUCAAGGUGAAGUUUAAAUAGCUCCAUACCAAAAGAAAACGUUUGUUUUGCAAAAGUCAGUAAGAACUAUGGUUUAUUUUCUUUCUCUGCUUGUUGAACCUGCUUGCCUGCUAGGCAACUACGAAUAAAAAAUGAUUAGCCGGAACAUGAAAUCUGCCUUUCGCGGGUGCUCAGGAUACUAAUUUGUCCACUGCUAUAUAUACAAAAAUGUAAAUAUCUCACAAAUCAUUGUUUACAAUUUGCUGAAUUAGAAAACCUGCCAUAUUGGUAGAGAAAUGAUGCGAUAAACAUUUCUCAGUGGAAACACAUCAUGAUUAUCACUUUAUUUUUCAGACUUUUUUCAGAAUUUCGCUCUAUGUUUUUGCAAAGCAUCUGUAUGGAAACAGACCUAGCAAUGCAGUGUUUAUCAUGCAUCACUGAUAUAUUAGGCUCUCACAAUCACAUCUGGAUCACAUCUUUUUUGUUUGAAUUAAUUUUUAUUUUUUUUAGUCCUAGCAAAUCUGAUUUAAGUGUUAAACACUCAUGCAGAUGCUUUUAAAAAUGUCUGAUUGUCUGCUUUCAUGCUUCUAACAUCAGUUUAUUUUAUACAUUAUUUUAUUCGCUUAUACUCUCAAAUCCUGAUGCUGAUAUUAACGUUAUAAUGCUGAGUGCUGGUCUCCCUCUUUUAUUAACAACUUUAUAAGCCACUGAAGCCUUACUCCAUGUACUGUAAGACUGUUUUUUUCUUCAUAAUUAGUAUUUUUAUAUGAAUUUGAGUGUCAGUUGAAUGACAAAGGCCAAUUUGCUGGCUCGGUUAUGAUUAUGAUAAAAUCUCAAUGCGUAUUUUUAUGAUUUUAUGACCCAAGUCAUAAGCGAUGACUAUCGGUUUUGUAAUAGGACGAUUAAAAGAGAAUUUCACUCAUUUUUUUCUUUCUUUCAUGUUUAGCCCAAUUGUCUGUCACUGAUACAAGAAAAAGUGCUCUGCUGCAGUAUAAACCUUUUUAAGAAUGCUUCCUGGUUUGGAAAGGAAACAGACCAUAGAGCGGAAAGUUUGACUGUCCAAUCAUAUCUAAGAGGACUGGUGAUUUUUAGAUCACAAAACUUUUUUGUAAUAUUUGUGUUCUCUUCAGAUUCUGGUAGCUGUCAGGAGAAACUCUGAUUUUAUUGGCUCCCCAGGUUCUGUGAAAAAAAAAGAAGACUUGGACCUCCAUCAUCUAACCAAUCAGGAACAUCUAAAUUAAUCAUGUUGCUGAUAAUUCAGAAACCUCUGCAUACUCUAGUAUUCUUUACCAAAAAUCUUUAAAAUCUUGUUAAAGAGCUAUAGGACCAAGGGUGUCUGGUAUAAAUGUGCAAGCAGACAUCCAUAUAGCCUUACUUGCUUAGUAAUGGUUUAAAGUAGAUUGUUUUUUUUUUACUUUUGUGGAAACAAAAAUAAUAACAACACCAUAAGUAAAAAUAAAAUACACAGAAUGGCAUGAAGUAGAGGCUGGGGCUGAUUUCUUUCUAGCCCAGAUUGUAGAUUCAUGCAGUCAAGUCAAAUGAUUGUAAUAGUAUAAUAUACUAAUUCUAAUAAACAUGAACGGGGUGGAUUACUUUCUUGAUCACUGAAUUUUCAUGCUUGGAUUAGAUUCUAACUCAUUUGUCCUAUGAUAAGUAAAAAAAAUAACAGAGCAAUGAAAAAAAAAACUUGGUGCAUCCUUUCCAUCUUGUUUUAGUGGCAGAUGCUAAUAUUUGACAAAUACAAAGAACAAAAUGGGUGAAAUUCCUUUUAAGGAGCAAUUGAUCCAUAUAAACAUCUCAAUUUAUCAAUGUAUAUUUUUUAUGACAAUGCAGUGUUCUCUCAGUCAGCAGCUUUCUGAAUGUUUAAAGGUCUAAAGGUUUAAAGGUUUAGUGCAACCACAAAGUUGCGCAUUCAAAUCCCACGACUGCCCCUGCUGGGUCAUUGAGCCAGACGAUUAACCCUCAACUACUCAUCCGUGUACUCGGAUUAUCUCAUUUGUAAGCCGCUUUUGGAGAUUUCAGACCUCACAGCCGCUUUGGUGCAACAUCCACAGUAAUUUAGCGCAGUAGAGUUGAAAGGUUAAGGGUCAGAGAGGUGGCGUGGGAACAUUCUUAACUAGAAAACCAGCUGGAAUGAAGGCUGUCUGCUUACCUGUGUGAAUCUAUAUAUAUAUGAAUAAAAAGGUCUUAAUUCAAGGUCUGACAGUGGGACUGUAAAAAUGAAAAAAUGAAAAAAAAAAAUUUAUGUUUAUACUUAAAAUUUGUUUUACUGUUUCAUGUAAUGGGAAAUGUUGUCUUUGUAUACUUUGCACAUUUUUUUAAUGACUAUGAAAGUGUGUGCUUUCAUUGAAUCUGUGUUUUUGAGCUGCUCUGUCCUGUGGUAUGGCCUCACUAACAAUCUGUGAAUCAUUUUAUACUGUUCCUCUGGAAGCACUUAGACAUACAAUUAAACAGUGUCUUUUAAAAUUCGA